AUUCACGCGACGGCAAGCCAAGGAUAUCUGUAAUAGCCUCACGUUUCAAUUUGACAUAAAAUGAUCUAGAUGAUGGAAAGAGGAUCCUAAUACUUGCGGAAACUACUAAGUCCCCAACCUGGCCUGUCAAAUAAAUAAAGUGAGCAGGGAUAAACAGCUCUAUCAGUUCUGGUGUCUCAGGCAUCAUAAGCCCUCACACCUGUCCCUCGUGAUAUGGCGGAGUACAUAGAUAUCUUUGAUAAACUUGGUACUCAAGGUUGUCUCUUGGACUGUGACACAUGGGCCGCCAAGCAACAGCCCGCUGGUCGACGAACCACGACUCAAGGCGAGAAACGAGAAAAGCGGAAAGAUCUAAAGGCACUCGGCAAAGGAUCAGUAAUGAAGCAGCGUCAACGUUGAAUAAUGAUACAAGAAUCAACAACAGUAAGCUCAAGUUCAGGCGUAAAGCUUUCAGAUUGAAGGACGCAAAGGCUUCUGGAGAUCGUGGCUGCGAGUGUUGCCUGUUCUUUCAUGACUUGCUGAAAGCCCUGAUGUCUGCGCGUGGGAGCUUUAAUAUCGAGAAUCUCGUCUUUGAGUGGAUCCGUUAUAGCUUUCUUCUUAAAGUGCAGGAAACACAGAAUAGUUUUUCUUUCCAAUUCUUCUCUCCUCUGGGAUCCAUGUCACUCAUCAACGGCUUCAGAUCUGCCAAGGUUCUUUCAGGUGAUACAAACACCUCAAUUUCCCUUGGCCUGGCAGAAAGCUGGAUAAGGCAAUGUGAAGAGACUCACGAGCAAUGCGGUUCUGGACGAGGUGUCCCCCUCCCGAAGCGAUGUCUGGACCUUAAGCCAGAUACUGUCCCUGAUGGCUCAGUGAUACAGCUGGUACAAACGCAUAGUAUCAAUGCACUUCCCAAGACGUUCAGGGAUGCUGUGGUACUAGCAAGAAAACUUGGGCUACGAUACCUUUGGAUUGACUCCCUCUGUAUUAUUCAAGAUUCUUCUGAAGAUUGGCAAAUUGAGUCCAGCAAUAUGGCCGACAUCUAUCACAACAGCUUUGUUACCAUUGCGGCAAUCUCAUCGCCUGACUCCCGAGGCGGUUGCUUCUCCCCAGGAAAUCAAGGUGAUAUAUGCUUCAGGACUCAGGGAGACCAUGGCCUUGAUACUCUGAUUGCUGCUCGGUAUUGUGAUGGCGAAGGUGCAGCAGAUGACAUCAAAGCAUUCCAGAAGACCUUUCCAGCGCUAACUCGAGCAUGGAUCUAUCAAGAGCGUAUGCUGCCCCGGAGGCUACUCUAUUGUACAUAUACCGAGCUCCAGUUUGAAUGCCGGCAAAACAAGACGUGUGAGUGCGGCAACCGCUUUAUGCCUCCGCAUCCAGCACCAAAGACUGAGGCCAGUCAAGCUAUGGCGCAAGGAAAGGAUCAUUACGAUCAAGUUCAAAGACUCCACGGUGUCAGAGGAUUGUACUCGAUACCGCAAUUAUGUCAGCAUUGGCAGAAGACAGUGAUGCAGUAUACUAAACUUCGCAUCACACAGGGGAGUGAUAAAUUGCCGGCUUUGUCAGGGUGCGCCAAAGAUAUUGGGCGGAUCACGAGAGACGAAUACAUUGCUGGACUCUGGAGGAACAGUUUAGCUGAGGGAUUUCUUUGGGUCGUCAACAAGCCGGUGGACCAGACUCGCCCGACAUGGAGAGCACCUAGCUGGUCGUGGGCGAGCGUGGAUACUACUAGAGGCAUAGAUUACACCUAUUCCCUGAGAACGCGCCACAGACGGCAGUUACAAGAUAGGAUCGAAGCGGUUGAGUAUGUCCCCGCCGGCAUCGACAAGACAGGAGCUGCAAAAUCCGGUCACAUCUGCGUACGAGCGUCUCUAUGCGCUGUGCACCUCCGCAGCAUCUGUAGAGUGUGCUCGACCUCCAGAAGCACCACUCAUUACACCAUAGAGAGCGAAAGUUGGGUGUUGACACGAAGCCCUCGGAUAACACCCUGCCCUGUGACACCAGGCCACGAUAUCAAAGGACUAAAGCUGAAGGGUGCAAAGCCGAGUUUCUUUCCCGAUUACAAGUAUGACGACAGAUUUGACUUUGAAUUCUACCAGAGGAACGACGGGUUUGCUUGUCGGCAUGCCCAAGUGUUUCUUCUCCACCUUUAUGAUAGUCAGUCGUUUGCGACUGAUGUGAUUACCGAUUACUUCCUUGUUCUCAAGGUAUCCAAUAGCAAGGACUCAUUCGAGCGGGUUGGGCUGUUUACUCUCAGUUUUGAGAAAAGGGCAACGAGAGAUGAGUGGUUUCAGAUGGAGUAUGACCUAGCGGCUGGAAAAGAGAAUCAUGUGAAACUUGUAUAGUGCUAGCUUCUAAGAAAUGAAAGAAACCGGAAAUCUGACAACUUUG